AGCCCCAAAAUUCCUAAACCCAAAACCAAUUGAGCAAGGCCAAAGGACAGUGGCAUGGAAGCAAUUAGGAGGAUCCAUAGAUGGCUCUGUGAGAGAGAUGGCUGCAAAACCCUUGGGAAUACCUGGCCCAGAUGACACUAUGAUGCCAGUCGGCGCCAAUCCAGGCGUGAACAACAAUGUAAGUUCAGGGGACGAAGCAAAAGGCGGUGCCUUAAGCAUAAGGGGAGGAGAUGUUGGCGCGAGGGAGUAUGGCGGCGCUGGGACGCAAUAG